AUGAUUCAACAAUCACCAAGAACAAGACAGACAACUCAGAGAUUCAUGGACGAUUCUCUUCAGCACUUAGAGCAGCAGAAGAGACAUGGACAAAUGAGUCUUCAGAUCAAUCCGACAGCUCAGCAGUCUUACUCGCCACAGCCAAUGCAGUAUUACUCUCAGCUUCCAAUAAGAUUCCUGAUAGACUCAGGGUCUGAGCUGACGUUCAUCUCAUCAAGUGUGGUAAAGACUUGUCAUCUCCAACGUCGUCCAUCAGUGAUAUCAGUGCUGGGAAUUGGCAACGAACCAGCUGUACAAACUAGAGGAGUGACAACAGUGACACUUAGAUCAACUCACACACAGGAGCAAGUUACAAUUAAUGCUCAUAUCCUUAAAUGUGUCACUGGUAUUUUACCAACCAGACAACUCAAGAAAAUCAACUGGUCAGCUCUCAACUCUCUGCAACUUGCUGAUCCAGACUACUCAACUCCAAGACCCAUUGAUAUCUUAAUAGGAGCAGAUUGUUAUGGUCUGAUUGUGAAAGCGGGCAUCAAACAAUGUCCGCAGUCAUCUCUAAUAGCCCAAGAGUCCAUCUUUGGGUGGAUGCUCAUUGGAAUGCCACAACAGACAAAAUGCUCAACUGUGAGAACUCAUCACGCAGCACAGGUCAGCUCAUACCAGCAAGUGUCUGAUCUCUUGACAAAAUUCUGGGUUCAAGAAGAAGUUCCAGAUACUUCAGCCAGCCAACUCAGCCCAGAUGAUCAAUCUUGUGAAGAUCAUUAUGUUACGACUCAUUCAAGAGAUCAAGAUGGGAAAUAUGUUGUGAGAAUACCGCUAAAAGCAUCACCAUCUCUUCUAGGCAACUCAUCAGCGAGAGCUCAUCAGUGUUUACGACACAUGAUCAGACGACUCACGAAAAAUGACUCAUAUGCACAACUCUAUCACAACUUUAUGCAAGAAUAUGAGUCACUGAACCACAUGAAACGAGCCAAGGCAAGUCCAGUCAACUCUCCAGUGUAUUAUUUGCCUCAUCAUGGUGUCUUAAGAGAAGACAGUGUUACUACAAAGCUUCGGGUAGUAUUUAAUGGCUCUAGUCCAUCUUCUAGUGGUCUAUCAGUGAACGAUAUUCAACAUACUGGUGCCAAAGUCCAGAAAGACAUUGCAGACGUACUCAUUUGGAUCAGACAGCAUAAAUUUGUGUUCACAUCAGACAUCACAAAGAUGUACAGACAAAUCAAGGUACAUCAAGAUGACUGGGAUCUCCAGAGAAUCCUGUGGGUGGACGAGCACUCCAAGAUAAUCCCAUAUCAACUCACAACGGUCACGUAUGGUACCAGGUCAGCCCCAUUUCUGGCUGUUCGUACAAUGAUCCAGCUAGUAAAGGAUGAAGGUCAUAAGUUCCCUCUAGCUGUUGAUCCACUACUAAAAGGAAGAUAUGUGGACGAUAUUUUUGGAGGUGCUGACACAGUGAGUCAACUGAUAGACAUCUCAACUCAAGUCAGACAACUCUGCAUGGCAGGUGGCUUCCCGUUGGCGAAAUGGCACAGCAACUCAAUCGGAUUCCUUCAGUCAAUCACAGACAACUCAUCAGAAGAGCAGAUCCAAUCAUUUGAGAGCUGCAAAACAAAAUUACUUGGGCUCUCGUGGAUUCCAGCGAACGACUCAUUUAAGUUCAACUCAAAACCUCCUCGUGAGAAGUCCAAGCUCACAAAGAGAACAAUUUUAUCAGAAACAGCACAACUCUACAAUCCACUUGGAUUUCUAGCACCGUUCAUUGUCAGAGCAAAGAUGUUGCUACAAGAAAUCUGGCUAGAUAAACUGUCAUGGGAUGACCAAGCCUCAGAUCACAUUCUCACCAAGUGGACCAGCUUCAGAUCAGAACUCUCACACGUUUCAGACCUCUCAAUUCCACGAUGGUUAAAGAUUACUCAGAAAUCUACCGUGGAACGUCAUGGCUUUUCAGACGCCUCACAACUAGCUAUGGCAGCAGUUGUUUAUAUACGGGCUAUUCAUCCAGAUCAUGGAACUUGUUCAACUAUAGUCUGCUCAAAGUCUAAGGUUGCUCCAUUGAAGAAGAUGUCUAUUCCUAGACUAGAACUCACCGCAGCAUUGCUGCUUGCCAGACUAAUCACUGAUGUAAGGAACAAAUUAGGCAUUCAGCCAACUCAAAUGGUAUGUUGGACAGACUCCUCAGUUACAUUGACCUGGAUUCAGUCUCACUCAUCCCGUUGGAAGGAGUUUGUAAGAAACAGAGUGUCAGCAAUUCAAGAGCUCACUCCAAUCAGCGUUUGGAGGUUUGUACCUGGCAAACAAAAUCCAGCGGAUCGUGCUUCUCGAGGUAUCAGCAUAUCCCAGCUUCGGAAGCACCCCCUGUGGUGGACAGGUCCACAGUGGUUAACAGCAGACGAAUCAUCAUGGCCAACUCAAUCAUCAGUGUACGAUUCAAAAGCUCAACAAGAAGAGCGACCAGUGAUCACGCUAAAUACUCAGACAAUUCACCACGAUUAUCAUUGGGAUAUGAUAUACAGACAUUCUCGUCUAAUCAAAUUGCUCAGAGUGACUGCAAUUUGCUUCAGGUUCAGCUAA